UCCGGGCGGCAGGGGGCGGCCUCUCCCACGGCGGCUGCUCUCGGUCUCCCGCUCCGCAUCUUUCGGGCAUAUAGUGACCUCGGGCGGCGGGUCGCGUCAGCCGGGCAUGGCGGCAUGGAGCCCAGCUGCGGCAGCGCCUCUGCUCCGCGGGAUACGCGGGCUUCCACUUCACUGUGUCCAUCGGAUGUUUGCCUCCCAGACUGAAGGGGAGCUCAGAGUGACCCAAAUUCUCAAAGAAAAGUUUCCUCAAGCUACAGCUAUCAAAGUCACUGACAUUUCAGGAGGUUGUGGGGCGAUGUAUGAAAUUAAAAUUGAAUCAGAAGAAUUUAAGGAGAAGAGAACUGUCCAGCAACACCAGAUGGUUAAUCAGGCACUAAAAGAAGAAAUCAAAGGGAUGCAUGGAUUGCGGAUAUUUACCUCUGUCCCCAAACACUGACCACACCCUGGCUGCAUUAAUGCUGCUGCUUAAAACCUUGGAUGAACUUGACUGACCCCAUUCUUUCCUAGGCAUUCGCCAAAAAAUUUAUAUAUUUUGCUCAUAUAUAUUUCCAUAUUACAAUUAUAGAAGAUGUAUAAUCUAUUUAGAUGUUAAUUAAAGAAAAACAAUGAAGCUUUUGAAGGGUCA